CGCGCGAUGAGUGACCUGGAGCAGCACAAUGUCAAAACCCACCGCAGACUGGCGGCGCAUCGGUGAUCGCUUUUACCGCAUGGUCCAGCUGUACACCGAUGUCUUCGACCCCAGCAUCGAGCUUGAACACUACACGGUCACCGGCGCUCCCUACAGUGGUGCUGUAGCCUUGAGACGAGAUGAGAGCAAAAUCUAUUCCCUCCGAGGCUCGAGCACAGCCAAAUCGACCAUCGAUAUUUACAGUUGCGCUGGAAAAUUGAUACGACAGAUCGCUUGGGACAAGGGCAACAUCAAAUGCGUCGGAUGGUCGGAAGAUGAGAGACUACUUGUUGUGACGGAGGAUGGUACUGUGCGCAUGUACGCGGACCUGCAGGGCGACUUCAACCCAUUCUCGAUCGGACAUGGCGCAGAAGAGCAUGGAGUUCAGGAUUGCCGGUUCUGGUCAAACGGCUUCGUGGCGUUGUUGGGUAACAAUGCUGUUGUAGCAGUCACUCGCUACGACGAACCCCGGCCACAGCUAUUAGCGUCUGCGCCGCCGGGUCAGGUCACUUCCUGGACAGUCGUCCCGCCGGAGUACACGUCCUCACGCUCGGUUGAAGUGCUUCUCGCUAUGGAGAAGACAGUAUACGUGAUCGACGCCAUGGAGUGUGAAGACCGCGGACUGGAGGCAGGGCCUUUCAGGCAUAUCAGCGUGUCUCCCAAUGGCAAGUUCAUUGCUCUGUACACGGAUGACAGCAAAGUUUGGGUCAUCAGCAGCGACUUUCAGGACAGAUUCAGCGAGUACGAAUCGAAAGUGAAGACUCCGCCGAAAGACUUGCAAUGGUGUGGCAACAACGCUGUAGUGCUCGCAUGGGAGGAUGAGAUUCACCUGGUCGGUCCGAACGGCGCCGCAGCAGAGUAUCCAGAUUACGAGUCAUUUGUACAUCUCUUGCCAGACAUCGACGGGAUUCGAGUAUUGACGAACGAGAGGUGUGAAUUUCUGCAGAAGGUGCCCGACACCACAGAGGAAGUCUUCAGGCCUGGUUCAGAUAAGCCACCUGCCGUGCUGCUCGAUGCGCUUGAUCAGCUGAACAAAAAGUCACCAAAGGCCGACGACAAUAUCCAAAUGAUCAGAGCGAACCUGGACGAAGCGGUGGAUGCAUGCGUCCGUGCAGCUGGUCAGGAGUACAGCAUACAUUGGCAAAAGCAAUUGCUCAAGGCGGCAUCGUUUGGCAAAUCAGUUCUCGACCUCUAUAACAGCGACGAUUUUGUCGACAUGACUGAAGCAUUGCGAGUACUCAACGCUGUCCGUUUCUUCGAGAUUGGCCUGCCAAUCUCGUAUGAGCAAUAUGUCCGUCUCACUCCGGAGAGGCUCGUGCAGCGCUUGGUCAACAGGCAAGAGUAUCUGCUUGCGCUGAAGGUGUCGGAGUACCUCCAUCUGCCAGUCGAUCGGAUAUACGUCCAUUGGGCUCGACAGAAGGUGCGAAGCUCGAGCACAGACGAGGAUGGGAUAGGCGAGGAGAUUGUGCGAAAGCUCAAGGGCAAACGAGGAAUUUCUUUUGAGGAAGUCGCCAGAGCGGCUUACGAUGAAGGUAGAGAUACUCUGGCGACCAAAUUGCUCGAGCAUGAGCCACGAGCAGGCAAACAGGUUCCUCUGUUGCUGAGUGUUGGCCAAGAGACUCUUGCGCUGGACAAAGCCAUCGAAAGCGGCGACACAGAUCUGGUGUUUUACGUUUUGCUGAAUCUGAAGAAGAAGAUCCCUCUUUCGAGUUUCUUCCGGACGAUCAACAGUCGGCCAGUCGCGACCGCCAUAGUGGAGGCCUCGGCAAUUGACCAAGAUCAAGAGCUACUCAAAGACCUCUAUUAUCAAGACGACCGUCGACUAGACGGGGCCAAUCUUCUUAUAUCCGAAGCCCUCGCAGCCAGUGACAUUGGCCCAACCGCAGAUAAACUGAAGAUGGCGGCCAAGCUUCUCCGCGACAGCAAAGAGUAUACGGUACAGGUCACUGCAUUGGAAGAUGCACAAAAGCUAUUGCAUUUCCAGGCAGCCUUCGAGAAAGACCUGAAUGAGCGAUAUGUCGGGCUGUCAGUCAAUGAGACACUGAGCAAGUUGAUCAAGGCGGGAAACAUGAAGCGUUCGCAAAAAGUGCAGAGCGAAUUCAAAGUCACUGAGAAGACGUACUGGUGGAUCCGCCUUAAUGCUCUGGUGAGCAGGAGGGACUGGAGAGAACUUGAGGAGAUUGCCAAAGUGAGGAAGAGCCCCAUCGGCUGGGAGCCCUUCUUCAACGAGAUUCUCGGAGCAGGCCAGCCCAAGGUGGCAUCUAUUUUCGUUCCCAAAAUCACAUCUGUUUCCAUCGCCGAGCGAGUUGAGAUGUGGGUCAAGUGCGGGCUGGUCGUAAAGGCGGGCGAGGAAGCAUUGAAGGCCAAGGACCGCGCGUUACUGGAGGACUUGCGCACAAAGGCGACUGGGAACUCAGUGCUUGACAUCGAUCGUAUGAUUGCGCAGCUGCAGAAAGGUCGGUAG